AUGGUUUUCGAUACUUCAUCACCACCGGCUAGUUCAUCUUCAACCGAUCGAGUUCUUGCACUCGAUCGUAUGUUUAAUUCAUCACAUACACCUGCUAUCGAACUUCCAUUGUCUGAUGAACGUGAUUUAUCACAAAUUGAAGCCGUUAGUAAACAUCAUCAUCAUCAGCAACAACCAUCAAAAUGGAAAAUGAUGUCAAAACGUCGACAAAGUUGUACAAAUGAUAUGUAUGUAACCGCAAGUCGUUAUCAUCGAUCAAAACCAACGUCAACAUUAAAUAAUUUAUCGUCAUCAGAUGAAACAUUAACAUCUGUAUCAUCAUUUUUUUCUACCUAUGAUAAGUUUCAUAAUAAAUUAUCUAGUGAUGAUGUGAAAUAUUAUCCAAGUUCAUCAGCUUUAGUAACAACACGUCGUUCAACAACUGAUUGUAAUGAUUUAACAAAUAUUCAUCGACAAACAUUAGAACAAACAAAUAAUAGAUUAUUAACAAUUGUCGACGAAGAAUCAAGAGAUUCAAUUUGGUUAACUUCAGAUGAUCACCAUUUAUUAGUACCUGCAUCAAGAUCUUCACAUGUAUCUGAACCAUCUUUAUCUAUAUUUUAUUCUGAUCCAUCAAUGACAUCAUGUUCAUUGGUUUCGUCUUUCAAUUCAAAUUCGAACAGUAAUGAUCUUCACGAAUCAUCAUCACAAUAUUCAUCGUCGGUUUCAUUCUUUAAUGAUGUAUCUGAAACACCCAAAACUCUUUCAUCAUCAUCAUCUGAUUAUGAAUCAAAUAUUCCAACAUCAAAUUCAUCGAUAAAUUCAAUACCUGAUCAUUUAUUUCUUACAUCACCCGAUUCAAUCAUGAUGCCACCACCACCAAUACCAUCUCCUAAACUUCCAAUAAAUUCUGAUCGUAACCUAGUUGAACAAUUUAUUGAUUUACAUCUCCAAAAGCAAACAUCAUUUGAUCAAGAUGUUGUUUAUUCACCUCCAUCGUCAUUGAGUUCAUCAUCAAGUUCAUUUCUAUCUCAAACACCUAUAUCAACAAUGAAUUCACCUAUUUGUUGUCGUAAAUGUGUAAAUACUGAAGAUAAAAAUCAAUUAUCAAGUGAUACUGAAGAAGAUUCACAAUCAACAACAAUAACAACUAAUUUAUUACCUUUACAACAGCAACAACAACAAAAUAAACGACCAAGAAGUUUACCAAUCGCUAUACAACAACCAAAAAGUGUAACAGUUGAUAAUAAUAAUAAUAACAACAAUAAUGAUGGUGAUGAUGAUGAUGAUGAUGAUGAUUGUGCAUUUGAUAAUAGUUUACAGAGUUCUCUUAAUUGUCAUUGUUCAAUAAAUUCAUCACGAAAAAAACGUCUUCGAACAUGUGAAUUUAAUCAACAACCUAUAUUUAAUACAGCUAUAUCAGCAAAUGGUUUAUUUUCGGAAAAUACAAUAAUAACAACAACAACUGAUAAAUUAUAUAUUGAUUUAAAAAAUCUUGAUGAUCAAAAUGAUAAUGAACAAUCAACAAUCAAACAACAAAAACAUCCUUUAGAACAUUUUAUUAUGAGUCCAACAGAUAAAGUUAAAGUACCGAUGAAAUAUCCACCAAUCAAUAAUGAUAAAGAAAGUGAUAUAAAAAGUAGUGAAUUAAAAAUUUCUCAACCUGAGGAUAUUGAUUUUAAACGAUCAAAACAAAAAGCUAUUCGUGUACUUUAUCAAAAUCGACUAAAUCUCAACAGUAUUCAAACUCCGGUGCCACGUCAAAAUCCAAAGAUAUUUCCAUCAAGAACAGCAACAGGUCAUUGUGAUUCUCCAUUAGCUAAACGAACGACUAAUUCACGUAUAUUAAGAAGUGUUUUAUCAUGCAGUGUUUUUGAAGCUGAUGAUGAACAUGAAGUAGUUUCAUCGACAACUAUAGCAAAUCAAGCCGGUGUUAAUGGGAUACGUGAAAAGUCCAGUAUUGAAACAUUCAAUUGUUUACGUAGCAAUUUCACUGAAUCAUUAUUACAUGGAAAAAUUCUUCCUUGUGGUAUACUAGAUGGUUUUACAGUUAAAUUAGGUGCAAGUGGACUUUUUAUGCCCAAACAAGUUGUUUUACCUGUGACUACAUUUUGGUUUAAUAUAUCUGAACAUCAAGCAGCUUCACCUUAUCUUGGUUUUAUUAAUUUACAAUGUUUACCAAAACGUGGUUAUCAUGCUCCAACAAAAGGCACGAUAACUCUAGCUUUAUUAAAUCCAAAUGGAACAGCUAUACAUUUAUUUUUAAUAAUAUAUGAUUUAAGUGAUAUGCCACCUGAUCAUCGAACAUUUAUACGUCAACGAGUUGUUCUUAUGCCAGAAAAUACCGGUGAUGGUACAAAAAAUGAACGUUCAUCAUCAAACGGAAAUCUUAGAUAUUUAGCUCAUAUCCGAUUUGUAACAUCACAAACGGGUAAAUUAUAUAUGCAUUCCGAUAUACGUUUAAUUUUUGCACGUAAUAAACUUGAUUAUGAUGAUCGAACAGCAGGUGGUAAAGCACAAUUAGUGACAUUGACAGAUAUGCCAACACCAAAAUAUUGGUCACGUAAAUAG